AUGGCUCUGGUCAAACGAAUAACAGAGUACCGACCACGACACGCUGCCGUGGCAGAGAUUCCAGACCCGCCAUCGACCUCGCAUCAGUUCUCAAACAACUUUGUCUCAACCCAGUAUCUCAUGACUCGAACGUCGCCCAUCCGACCCUACCCCAAGCUGGACACCGACUCUGUCACUCCCCAGCUGCCCAGUGACGAGCUGGGAUGCGUGGCCCUGCUCAAAGAAUGGAGCUUCUACGACGUGUCCUACGUCAACAAGGACGAAGCCAUCCGACCCCCUUCUCCCCCCUUUGACACAAAACGAGGAGUCGCAAACACAAAAACCCCCAACGGCCACUCGUCGCGUACAAACAGCAUGGGCUCGCGCUCCGUGUCAUCCACAGAGGAUGCCAAUUCGCUCUACUCCCACCCCCUCACGCGACACACCUCCGUGACCUCCUCCACGUCCGUGUCUCCCAACAAUCACCAGUACUACAAGCAGAGCCUUCCCCCGCUACCAAGCGACACAAACAGCACCGACCGAGAGCAGCCUCCUUCGCGACCGGCCUCUGUGUCCACCUCUUUUGCAUCUUUCCCCCGGCCCCAGCAGCUGUCUGAGCUGGCCACCUCUCUCGCUCGAGCUCCUGCAAUGUCCACUUCCGCCAUUGAGCAGCAACCUGAGUCCCCCACAUCCACAGAACUGCUGGAACCCUGCAUCCCCCCCAUGGUACCCUAUUCGUACCACCCCCGCAUCUACGGCUCGGACACCCCUCCCCAGGUGUACGGCCACUCAUCUACUACCGUUGGCGCCAAGAUCUUCUCGUUUGGAGGCACCAACGGCGCGCAGUGCACAAACGACAUGUACUGCUUCAACACAGACGCUCACACGCUCAAGAAGAUCGACCGUAGUGUGCGUCCCGAGGUCAUGAGAACUGUUCCUCGAGCCGCAUACAGACGUCGGUCCUUCAAUCGUACCGAGACCGACGGUCCUGCCACCAACACCACCUCGACAGUGAAGCCUGCUCCCCGAAAGUUCCACACCGGAACCACAAAGUACAUUUCUCUCGUGCCUGGCGUCCCCAAGCGACACGGUGGCGUAGACAUUUUCUACUUUGGAGGCGGCGACGAUACCCAAUGCUUCAACGACGCCUUUCUGUUCAACACUCGAACGCAUCUGUUCCGAAAGGUGGCCGACGGGGCCUCCGAAACGCGACCUGCUCCUCGACAGGGCCAUGUGACUAUCAACCGAGGCGUAUACUUUUACGUUCAUGGCGGUCACAACCCCUUCACCGGCGAGACAUUCAACGACAUGUGGCGGUUCGACACUGUGAGUAACAAGUGGUCCGAGGUUGUCUACCAGACCCCCCAGGAGGCUCACCCUGCCGCAGCCUAUCACGAUGGUUGUUUCUGCGAGCGAGAGGGCUACUUUUUGUUCUACGGUGGCCGGUACGAGGACGGAACCGUGUGUUCGCAGAUGACCCGGUUCUAUCCCGAAACCACCUCGUGGUCUCCCGUGCCCGUCUUCAUCUACAACAAGUUCACCGGCCAGGGCAUGCGAGUGUCUCUGGGCCGAUACGGACACAAGAUUAUGAACGGCGGCAAGUGGGUUUACAUUCUGGGAGGCGACAAUGGCGACGGCCAGGUGACGGACAUGUGGGUCUUUUCGCUAUCCACUGGUGUCAUGAUCCGGUCUUGUUAUUACGGCGUUCUUCUCAAGGGUCUGUCUCAUCACACGACAGCCUUUUGCGACGGGCGUCUUUACUUUUUUGGAGGACUCAACACCUCAGCUGAACGGCCCGAGGUGGUUUGUGAGAUUCGAUGCAUCGAGCUGCCUCUAUCUGGCACCUGUAUGAAGGAGGAAGAUUAG